GGCGCGUGGGAGACGCGCUGCGUGGGCGCAGACCGGCUGCGGGACUGUCGGCGGCCGCGGGGCAGAAGAGCCGAGGCCGGGGCCGCAGGCGCGGGCGAGCGGGGGGCUCCGGGGACCCCUGGCGCUGCAGUCCCGGUUGAGGCGGCGGCGGCCCCUGGGGCCGUGUGGGUGGACGGGGCUAUGGGGGAGCCCCAGGUGGUGGGGCCCGUGGGGUCAGUGUGGGUGACCGGCACCGGGGGGCAGGACGAGGAGGGGGCGCUUCAUCAGAGUCCCCGGGGCGGUGAGCGGAAAGGCCGCCCGGGCUCCACGGGGCACGAGAGCAUUCUGGAACUGUGGCUGAAGGUGCAGGCUAUGAGGGCAGCCUCGGGCUGUGGGGAAGGAAGCACGGUGGAGCUCCACCCGGUGCCUGCAGGGGAGGACCCGGUUGAAAGGGGUGUCCCCGGCCGGGCUUCCUGGGUAGAGACCAGCCGGGCUGGCCUCACGGGACCCUGGGUGAAAGGACAGGCCAGGGCAGCGCCCCGGGCCCCAGGAGGAUCUGCAGCUGAGCUCGGGGCAGCUUGUGGGACGGCCUCUGGCUUGUGUGGGCAGGGACAGGCCCAGGGCCUGCGUCCUGGGGGUGUGCCUGCGACCCUGGGGACAAGUUCUGAGAUUAUCUCGUACCUGCUGAGAGGACAGGCUGUGGGGGUGCCUGGAGCCAUGGGGUGGCCUGAGGCUGUGCAGAGAGAGAUGGGCUGUGGGGCUGCUCCAGGUUUGUGGGACAGGGGCCAACCGGUGCAGGUGCCGGGGGUGCCAGCCCGAGAGGUGGUCUGUGGGGACAUCCCGGGCCUGUGGGGAAGGGGACAGGUUGGGAGGAUGCGCGAUGCUGUGGGGGCACCUAGAGGCGUGGAGGAGGAAGCAACCUCUGUGGGUGCCCUGGGCAUGUGGCGGAGGAGGCAGGCUGUGGAGGGGAUGGGCUCUGGGGGUGUUCCUGGCAUGUGGGGUGCUGGACAGCCUGUUGGGGUGCCUUGUGCUCUUGAAGAGGAAGCCAGAUGUGGGGGUGACCCAGGAUUCAGGGAGAGGGGACAGGGCAUGUGGGUAGAGACUGGGUCUGGAGGUGACCCGGGGUCAUGGGCAGCCACACAGACGGUAGAGCUAAGUGGCCGUGAUGAGCCGGAGGGAGGCCCUGGGGGUGCUCCAGGCUUGUGGGGUAUAGGGCCAGGAAUGGGAGUACCUUCGGUUCUGGGGAAGGAGACAGGCUGUGGGAGUGUCCCGGGUCCGUGGGGGACAGAGCAGCCGGUGGGGGUGUCCCAGGCUGUGGUGGUGCCACCUGGAGCCCUGGGAGAACAGGUGAGCUACGGAGGUCUCCCCGGCCUGUGGGAGAGGCAGCAGGCUCUGGGGUUGCCUCUGUCCGAUGCGGUGCCAGGGCUUACUGGGCAGGACACAAGCUGCGGGAGCGCCGUGAGCCUGUGGGAGAGGAGGCCCGCUAUGGGGGAGCAAGAGGCCCUGAUGCCAACAGCUUUGGGGGUACCUGGGCCUGUGGAUCAGGAGGCUGGAUGUGGUGACGUGUCCUGUCUGUGCAGGAGGAGACAGGCUGUGGGGUGGCCUGACCCGGAGGGGAUGCCCGAGGCCGCUGUUUUGCCCAAGCACAGGUGUGCCCCGGCAGGGGUCCCCCCAGAGGGGGGUAUGCCAGGGCCUGGAAGGGUCCCUGCCAGGGUGCCUGCCGCGGUGUGGGUAUCUGGCCCUGCGUGUCCGGAAGGCAGCUCCAGAGAUGUCUUGGACCUGUGGGAAAGGGCUCGUAGCGCCACGCUCCCCGUGGCUCCCGAGGAGCUGUGGUCUGUGCGUGAGGACACUGGGUCUGCAGCUUUCCCCGGAUCGUGGGGAAGGAGACAGGCCGUCAGGGUUCCCAAAGCACCUGGGUUUGUCGGGGAGGGGAGAGGCCCCGGCGGUGUCCCCAGAUCUUGGGGAAGGAGACAGAGUGCCAGGGCUCCUGGGGCUGUUGAGGUGCCCACAGCUGCCAGGGUGCCUGGUCCUCUGGGGAUGGAGGCCAGCUCCGGGGGUUUCUCAGGCUUGUCAGGAAGGAGGCAGACUGCAGGGGUGUCCACAGCUGGCGGGGUGCCCGUGGCCCCCAGGACACCUAGGCCUGCCUGGGAGGAGUUGGCUCCGGGAGGUGUUGCAGGCCCGUGGGGGGAGAGGGAGACAGUGCCAGGACCUGCAGAUGCCUGGGCUCCCACAAGGAUGGGGGUGCCCAGCACUGCCAGGAUGCCUAUGCCCAUAGGGGAAAGGCUGGGCCCUGGGGACCCCUCAGGCUUGUUGGGAGGGAGGUGGACUGCUGAGAUGCUUGCGGCCGCGGGCGCUUCCGUGGCUGCAGGGGUCCCUGGGCCGAUGAUGGCUGAUGCCGGCUCUGGGGAUGCUCCAGGUGUGUGGGGGCAGAGACCGAUGAUGGAUGUGCCCACUGCUGCCGGGGCUGCAGGACCUCCCCACGGGGCGACUGGCUCCGACGGUGUCUCUGGCCCGUGGAGAAGAAGACCCAGUGGACCGGCCGCUGAGUCUGUGCGGGUGCCUGUAUCUUUGGGGGUGCUUGCAGCUGUAGGGGUUCCUGCGGCGGGGCAUGCGCCUGCUGCGGUGUGGGUGACAGGGUGUAUGGGAGAAGAAAUGGCUACAGCUGCCUCGGGUCUCCCAGCAUCCAGGAGACAGUCCGUGGAGGGAGCUGGGGCUUUGGGCGGGGCGGAGGCAGGAGGCUACAGUCUGGAGCUGACUGGGUGGAGCCAAGCGGCAGGGGUCCCUCACACCCGUGGCUGUGGGACCAGGUCAUGGAGCUGCCCCUGGCCUUGUGCGGGAGAGACCGACCACGAGAGCAUGUGCACCGUGUCAGGGACCAGAACCGUCGUGGGGGCGCCUGACGCUGUGGGGGUGCCCCUGGUUUCAAGGCUGGAAACUGGUGUUGGCCGUUUCAGGGAUCACCUGCCGCAGAGUGGGGGGGGACAGGCUGGAGGAGCGUCUGGAGCUAGGGUGAGGGGGAGCCCUCUGGGAGAGCCGCGUGUGGGGGAGGACAGGUUGAGGGGGGCCUUCCAGUAGUAUGUUAAGGAGCAAGUCGGGGGAGUCGGGCUCUGUGGGAGGGACAGGUUGGGGGGAGGUGUGGCCUGGGUUACAGACCAAGGCACAGGUUGUAGGGGUGUCGCAGGAUCGAGGAGAGAGGCUUCGUAAAGAUGUCCUAGGGGAUGUUGGGUGACAAACUGGGAGGUUUCCUGGAGCCGUGGGGAGGGGACAGGUUGUAGAGAGGGGUGUCCCGGGCAUUUGUACAGGGGGACAGCGUGGGGGUGGGUGUCCCUGGACUUUGUGUGUGUUUGUGUAUGUGCGUGUCUGUGUGGCGUCACUCGAGGGAUCACCUAGUGUUUCCCAGGGGAGAGUGGGAAAACGCCGACCUCGUCACACUUGCAGAUGCGCUGGCCCGCACUCUGCGGCCUCCUUGACUCUGGGGCCGCAGCCCCCGGACUGUGGUGUCAGCCAGCAGCGGGUUCGCCUCGCUCACCUGCCCCUCCGGUCUCGACAGCCCUAGGAAUAGGGGAUCUUGAACGGCGGCCCUGACGUUCCUGCAGACGUAUCUCUCUGGAAGCACAUCCAGUCUGCAAACCUUGGGUUUAUUCAAAAGCUGAAAUUAGGGAUUUUUUUCUUAAGACCUGGACUUCCCCAUUGAUUUACUAUAGGAUUCUUUGACAGAGCAAAUACCCCAGUACAUUUAAAACUAGUCAGUUUAUGGAAAAUCAGCUUAAUUCAACAAGUGUUAAGUUAAAGUGUCUGCCAUGCUCAAAGCACAGUGUUGUGGGAAAUAUCAGAGAAGAGCAAGGCAGGUCCUUACCCUCCAGGAGCCUUGUCUAGCCGGGAAGCUGAGACUUACCCCGUGACAUAGGUAAAUAACAGUGUGAGGCGAGAUCGUGACGAGCACGUGCUGAGUGCAGGGUAACGAAGUGUUGGGGGGGGGCGUAACCCACGUCAGCUCCCAGAACGCCUUCCUGUCACAGCCCACUGUGCGCGGGGGCCUUGAGCUCUCUCAGGCAGAUCUGCCCAGAGUCUAGGCAUGGUGACCCUCCCGCGGGCUUCCUUCGAGGCCUGCAGAGUUCUGACCUGAGCUUCCCGGGAGUGCACAGCCGGCUGCUUUCCGACCAGUGGUUAGGGUUUCUGAGUGUAGACCGUGUGUCCACAAAGCUGCCCUGCUGGAAAGUGCUCGCCCACUGUAGCGGAGUGCCCGUCUCCUGGUGAGCCCGGAGAUGUGAAAUUUGGAAUGGCUAGUCGUUAGAAUAGCAUGCCCCGUAUUCUCUGAGAAAGUAGGCUUUCCAAAGGGAAGGUGCCUUUGCAGCUGUCCUGGAGCCCUUGCCGCUCCGCGUGAGGCUGCUGUGGACUUCUCUAGAAUAUUGCUGCAUGAGCAUGGUGCUGUGUUUGACUUCUUUCCCCGUGUUCGCAUGCCGUCGGUCUGAAGUGGCUUUCUCUCGUUGUAGGCAACGACUGGGAGAGCAGGGCUGGCCGGCGGCUAGGCUCUCCGCAGCGCCCCGCGCACCCUGACGGCAUGGGCCCUGGCAGGCCAGCCUCCGCCUCUGCUUGUCUAGCACCUAGCGUCCAGCUCCACGGGAGGAGUGACCCCAGGACACUUCAGGCCCAGAUUUUACAUCUGAAAUGAAUAUGGUGCAUGAAAUGUGUGCAUGUGGUCACAGUCGCGGAGUUUGGACGAACGUAUCCACAGGUGUCACGUGCACCCGUCAGGACAGAGGUCUUUUCCGCUGCUCCAGAGAGUUCUCCUGUGCCCCUUCCUGCCCUCCCGAGGCCACGUCACUGUGAUUGUUUUCCAGUGUAGAUUGACUCUGCCUUUUGCAGGACUUCGCGUCAGUGAAGUCCCACACCACGUGAUCUCGUGUUGUCAGGCCUCUUGGAGUGGGC